AUGAAUGAAUCAUCCAGGACGGCCCCAAAAAGUUCGGUGACUAAUUGUAAUCCAAUGCCUAUAAUAUACGUCACCGAACUUUUGGAGGCUGCCCUGGAUGAUUCCAUCAGAAUUAUCGUGACUUCCAGUGAUAAUA